AUGAGCUUCGAUACAUUAUCCUUGAACCCGGACUUUCCGCCACCUCUUGACGCGACAGAACUUGACCUCCUCAGUCACUAUCUGUCACACACCAGUCGUAUAAUCCCUUUCGAUGAUCUCGACUACUAUGCACUGUCCGUGGGAAUGCCAAAUAUCGCGUUCAGAAGCAGACCGGUGAUGUCAUCCCUGAUAGCCUUGGCUGCAGCAUGCAAAUGUCAUGAUCUAGUCAAAUCUAAUCAAUCUUUGACCGACAACACAAUAAUAAAAGUCCGAGAGUUACUCCUACUCGCGGAACGCCACCACAGAAGCUCUCUUCAGCAUAUCCAGGUUGCUAUGUCUUAUUCAGAUUGCUAUGACAACAUCCUGGCCAAUGCAGCACUGAUGGUGUUAUAUGCCUCGGCCAGUCACUCGAUUCGAGUUUAUCUGGCUAGUAUUGCAAAGCGGAGCGGCCAAAAAUUACCAAAUGAAGUGGUUCCACAGCACUCUCAGUGGAUUUCAUUCACUCGCGCAGCUCACAUGGCAUCGACGGCAAUACUCAACGGCAUAGCUGAGAGCGUGACUGAUUCGCAUGCAACGACCCCCGGUCCCACAAGUCAUAUACCAAGGUUGCCGGGCCCUGUUUUAAAUAACAAAGUUAUCUUAUCACCACAAGACGGUCCAUCUGAACGUACGAAGCGCUUAUUCCUCCCCCUGGUCGCUACCACUUAUUCCCAAGCUCUCAAAGUCUUACGCGAAAAGAUUGAGUCCACAAUGGCUUCUGUUAAAACACUGCGAGGUUCUCCAUGCACUCCUUCAUCGCUAGGCGCUUGUUUGAAAACAUUCUUCAUACUCGAGACUUGCGCCUCAGAAGCCUUGUCCUCAGACAGACCCGAUCAGAAGCAUUGUAGUCCCAAAUUUGAGCCAUUGGUGUUGGAGUACAUUCAAAAAGUCUCGCCCUGGGUUGGAGAAUAUAUGGCCAGUGUUACUUCAAUGAGAUCCCCAACAGCGCUACGACGGACGAUUAUGUCUUUUUUGAACAAAGUGCCGGGCGAGUUUCUCACACUGGUUCAGUCAAUCCUUGACUCGUCAUUCUCGGAGGAUGGGAAGGAGCCUAUAAUGACACCCAACUCGCCCAGCACUAAGGAUCUCUUUCUCAACACAACCCGCUUGUUAGCUCUGGAUAUAUUUGCACAUUGGCUUGUUCUUGUCAUGUUAUUAGAUGGUGUGUGGUGGAUUGGCGAUAUUGGGCAAUGGGAGCUGGGGCAAGUCAUUACAUUGAUGAAGACUCACGGCUCGCUUCAACAGUCAACGGAUACGAGGGAAACCUGGUGGCCUGAAAGCAUGCACUGUGUAAAAUUGGAGCUUGCUUCCAAUAUUUAG